ACACACGGCACAGUAGAACUCCUCUGGGUUCGCGUUUCUUCUGCUCGCGACAAAGCUAGGGCACGCGACCACCUCUUCUCCUUUCUCCCUUUUCUCCGGCCGGCGGCGUUUUCUCUUCGCUUGCCGUCGGCCGGCCAACCCUUCCUAUUCUUCCUCCUCUGUGAUCUGCUCCAAUCGGCAACGGACAGUGGCAAUCUCCGGCGGUUGCAAGCGACGACAAGCAUCUCCGAUCAAGCUCAACUCGCUGAGGGCGUUUCCCCGGUGAGUUUCCUUCUCUUUAUCUUCUGAUUUCUCUCUUGAGGGUGUUCCCCGUUAGGGUUCAGAGGAGGAGAAGACAGGAGAGAGCUCCGAUCAACUCGCUGAGGGUGUUUCCCCGGUGUUCCCCUUUCAUCCCCGACCAUCAUCUGGACUUCUUUUCUCACUGAGGGAGUUACCCCGAUGGGCAAAGGAGCAAGAAGAUCGCUGGCGGCAGUCCACUUAUCACUGAUGUUAUUGGUUCCAUUCCGUUCAUUAAUAGUUGUUCCAGAAGAUGCAGAGAUCAUCUAUCACUGAUUGCCAGAGUUGAGUAUUCUGCCGGAAUAGUUGUUGUCCGCUGGUGAAGGUGUUUCUGAUCCAGGCCUCCGUGUGACGGCGGGGGUUGUCGUGUGGUGAAUGAUCAUAGAAGAGAAGAAGUGGUUGGGUCUAGUGAAAAUACUGAAGAAGUAUGACAAGAGAACAGGAGCACUUAUCAGGCAACCCUUCAUCGAAAAGGUGCUGCAGCAGCCAUUCUUUACAACUGAUCUCCUAUACAAACUCGUGAAGGAGUGUGUGGCUAUGCUCGACCACCUCUUCCCCAGCAACAACCUGUCAAUUUCAGCAGAAUGCGACGGACAAAAUGGAGUGCCAAAGCCGACACAAUCAGGUGGGAGGGUUCCGGAGUUGGAGGAGAUUAAAUAUAUGUAGAGCUUAUACAUAAUGAGCACUGUAGCAGCAUUGCGGUCCUUGAAACAGAUUAGGAGCAAAAGUUCAACAGUCAAAACAGAUUAGAAAAUCUCGUGUUAUAUUGUUCUACCUUUGUUUUAAUAGUGUUAUCAUUUUGUUGGUUGUUUAUGAAA